GCUGGCGGCGAUGCGCGGGGCUCGGAACAUGGAGGACUACGGGCUCUUCCUGGCGCUGCUGGGCUCGGCGCUGCUGGUCGGCUUCGUUUCCGUCGUUUUCUCCCUCGUCUGGGUCUUCAGCUACCGCGAAGGGCUCGGCUGGGACGGGGGCUCAGCGGAGUUCAACUGGCAUCCCGUCCUCAUCGUCACGGGCUUCGUCUUCAUCCAGGGCAUCGCCAUUAUUGUGUACAGGUUGCCAUGGACCUGGAAGUGCAGCAAACUUCUAAUGAAGUUCAUACAUGCCGGAUUAAAUACCAUAGCUAUGAUUCUUGCAAUUGUUUCUAUGGUAGCUGUGUUUGACUACCACAAUGCCAGGAGGAUCCCCAACAUGUACAGUCUGCACAGCUGGAUUGGGCUGACUGCUGUUAUAUUGUAUUCUCUUCAGGUCAGAAUUUGUGUUUAUAAAUCAGUUGUAAAAUUAAUGAAUGCGUUGAGUAAUUCAAGUACAAUAGGCUCUAAAUAAUAAGACUUGUAUUCUAGAAUGCACUCUAUUUUAUAUUCUGUGAUUUGACAAAUCAUCAUGUAAAUGAGCAAUUACUGGAUCCCUGACUUCAAAGAAAAAUGUAUUUUAAAACAUAUUUUGUUUACUCACUGGUUUUAUUUAUUGUGAUUCAAUUUGUUGGCAGCAUAUUUAAGCACAGAACUUUUACUGAGGAAUUCUCAAACAAAGUAACUUUUUUUUCUUUUUCUAGUUAGGAUAAUUUUAACUUUUCAUUUCUUGGCCUCAGGACUUGUCUAUAGCCAGAACAAGUGCAGCAUGGAGCAGAGCAGAUCUCAUUUAUUACAACAGGAAAAAUGGCAUUGAUAAGUGUCCAUGUGCACGUUUUUAACUGUUCCUAUUGCCAGAAAAUUAGAUUUAUCUUAUCUAAAUUGAGCUAACUUGUUAUGUUUUGCAUUUGAUACAGAAGGAGAGCAGGGAUGCCCUGGUAUAUAGCACACAUACACAGGUGUGAUGUUUUAGCACAUAAAAUUCUGAAGUCUCUCUAUUGUAUUAAUUACACUUUAGAAAUAAAAAACAAUCAACCAGGAGGGAAAUCCUACAUAUGGGGCAUUUAAUAAAUCAGCUUUACAGUCCAAAGCAAUUCCAUUAAACUGGUAGAUCAAGACCAGAGUUAUCUCGAUGCAUUUUAUUCAGUUUUAAAACCUUGCACACCAAGAAUCUGCACUUUUAACUUCCAGGGUUUUUUUUAAACUUCGUUCCAUGAAAUUGUAUUUCAGAAGUAAAGGCAAUUUGUGUUAGAGUCUCUUAAAUCUUAACGGAGGAGGAAAAGCAGUAAACAAUUGCUUUUCCUUGUCUUCUUUAUUAACAUCUUUAUUGAAUGCAUACCGAGAGAGUACUUGUAAUGAUAACCUACAUGAUUUAGCUGAAAUUGCAUCUUUUUAAAGUUGAAGCCACUUUUUGCUUAAGUUGCAUUGUUUUUAGUAAAUGAAAGCUCAAACAAGUUAGUUUAUUUAAGAGAGUUAGCUCUGUGUGGUCAGGUUCAGACUUUAAAAUGAAUAUUAAGAAAAAUGGAAGAAACAUUUGUCUUACCUAGCUCAGCCCUUAUUGGAAUUGUUAUUUACUUUGCAUUUACUUACUUUUAUUUACUUUAAAUAAUAAAAGUAUAGCACAGCAGACUUCUUUAAAUAAAAAUUAAUCCAGCAAAACUCUAAAAUUACCAUUGAAAACCUGUUGCGAUUAAAAAAGAAACUAAAUUUUGAAUACAGCACUUAUUUUGUUCCUUUAAGAAAUGAUGCUUAACUUCUUAGCCAAAUGAAAAGAAAAAAUCAUAAUGACCUAGUUAUCAAGCACAGAACGUACCUUAGCUAAGGGAUUUGGGUUCUGGAUUUCUAUCCUUUACUGCUCAGGCAAGGAGGUACAAGGAAUAGUGCUGAAAUAAUCAUGUUUUAACACCUAGGGAAAAAAAGGCAUAUUACAGCACUGAUAAUCAUACACUUCAUACUUUUUUUUAAACGCAAAAAAAAAAAAAAAAAGAAACAACAACAAAAGAAAAGCUGGAAAAGUAACUUGAGCGCAUGUGGCUGAACCCAUAUGACAUGGUGGUGUUCUCUUCUGCCACAGAAUUAAGACUGAUGGGAGGACCUGUGGCCCUUGAACAGCCCAACACUCCCCACACACAUCCUCAUUUUAAAUGCCAACAGACCUCUGCCCUUCUAGAGGAGUGUAGUUUAACUUACUUAAAGCCCUAAAAGGAUGAAAUCUAUAGGCCACUCAAGACAAAAUGUUAAACUCCAUUCUGAUCUUCAUUUACAUACAAAUCUGAACAGA